CCGGUGUCCAUUUACUGUUUACGUUGUAAAUUACUGGCACUCUGUGGCAGGUAUAACCCAGCACUCACUUUUGAAAAACUCUACUUUGAAUAGCAAAUUAAAGCUUUAGGUUAUGGUGCAACACACCCAUUUUCUUGUUAUUGCGACAGUAGAGCGGUUUUGUUGAUUAUUGCUCAUAGCAAUAUCAGCGAUGCUUCAUACCUCACGCUGGGCAAUCGCUUCUUCUCGUACACUUUUGUUUCCCCUGUUCAUUUACGCUGUUUCUACCUGUAUCUGUCUAUAGUUCACUCUUUUACCAGCCUCAGCUAUUCUAGCACUUGGAUCAGGUCAGUUACUGAACUUGUCCACUGCACCUAUACAGCCAGCUGCUCAUCGACAAUGUGCUUGAACUGUACUUUGCCUCACUUGUAAGUCGCUUUGAAUAAAAGCGACUACAAAUGAAUAAACUUCAGUCGUAAAUGAAAUGCACUAUUUGAUGUAUGUGGACGCAGGUACGUCUUCAGAGCCAGUCCAAGUACAAAGGGAUUUUUGACUGCGUGGCAAGAACCUACACACACGAGGGGCUCCAUGGCUUCUUCAAGGGCAUGGCAUUUCCUGUCCUCACCGUUGCCAUUAGCAAUGCCGUGGUUUUUGGCUCCUAUAGCAACGCUUUGGAUUACCUUACACAGUCACGAAGCAGGGAGCGUAACCAAGACAAGCAAGCGUCCCUAACAGCUGUGUUCACGGCUGGGUGUUUCUCUGGGUUUACACAGGUGUUUGUGUCCGCCCCCAUUGACCUGGUGAAGGUGCGACUCCAAAACCAGACGAGAAUGGACCAGUAUCGAGGCCCAGUGCACUGCCUGUCAGUCAUUUUCAGACAGGACGGGUUUAGGGGUCUGUUUCGAGGAAUGUGGGCACUUGCGUUGCGAGACAUCCCCUGUUGUGGACUCUACUUCCUGCCAUAUGAGGUCACAUGCAGGAUGUUGACAGAAAAAGGCAAAGAUCCGGGUGUGUUUGCUGUGUUAAUGGCGGGAGGCAUUGCGGGCGUGGUGACGUGGGCUUUUGCUACACCCAUGGAUGUGGUUAAAACUCGCCUUCAGAUGUCAGGAGGAGGGGGUCGAGUGUACAGAGGGACUCUACACUGCGUGACGGUCAGCCUGAGAGAGGAAGGCAUUCGGGUUUUCUUCAAAGGUUUGCUCUUAAACAGCCUCAGAGCUUUCCCAGUGAACGCUGCCACUUUCCUCAGCUACGAGAGCCUCAUCAGAACGUUUACACGAUAAACUACACACUCUGCACCAGACUGAUGACAUCCAGCAGCAAAUGAGAUCCUGCAGUAUCUCUGGCCCACGUGUUCCAGAAGCGCGGUAAUAGAACACAAAGGCAUUCUGAGAUUCUAAAGGAGAACAUCCACUAUAGUGGGAGUGGAAGCUUCAGCUCAUUCCAAAAGAGACUCUGCAACUUCAUGUGGAGGUGACCUCUGAGAAGGAAAGCGGUGUUGUUGUUUUUUUCAGACACAAACAUCACAGCACUGAAGAGAAUCAAAAUAACACACCUGGGACCUCAUUCAUGGACGUGUUGUAGUAAAAUGCAUUUAAAAAUCUUUGCAGAGCUUAUUCAAUCUCUGAGAUGUGCUUUAAUACCAUGAUGUCUAGGCUGGAAAUGCUUACACGUCAGAAUGAGGGCUGCCACUAACGACUAUUUUUCUAUCGAUUAAUCUAUCGACUAUUUACUGAUUAGUCGAUUAAUCUAAACGAUUAAUUUCCCUCCAAAAAUCAAACUGACCAUUUUGUUUAAGUUCAUUUUAUUUUGACAACAACAAACUCUAUCUCACACUCCCCCAUUAACUUAGCAAACCCGUAGUUUUGAGUAGCUGAUAAAUUUAAAGCUAGCUGUUUCUGAGAAUUCACUCAAUAA